CGUUAUGAGUGCGACAUGUGUGGCAAGGCCUGGCAGCACCCGAGCCGGCUGGAGACCCACCGGCGGGUGCACACGGGAGAACGCCCCUUCGACUGCUCCGAGUGCAGCAAACGCUUCAAGACGGCGAAGGACCUGAAGUCCCACCGGCGUUUGCACACGGGUGAGAAGCCCUAUGAUUGCUCCACCUGCGGCAAGAGCUUUGCCCAGUCGGCGGGGCUGAGGGAUCACCGGCGGGUGCACAGCUGUGAGCGGCCCUUCACCUGCUCUGACUGCGGCAAAAGCUUCAAGUGGUCCACGGACCUGAAGGUGCACAGGCGCCUGCACACCGGGGAGCGCCCCUACACCUGCAGUGACUGUGGCAAGGGCUUCACCCGCUCCAGCCACCUGCUGAGGCACCAGCACACCCACACAGACGAGCGCCCCUUCAUCUGCGGCCAGUGCGGCAACGGCUUCACCCGCUCCAGCCACCUGUUGAGGCACCAGCAUACCCAUACCGGGGAGCGCCCCUUCAUCUGCGCCCAGUGCGGCAAGGGCUUCAUCAGCUCCUCCAGCCUGCUGUCCCACCAACAGCUGCACGUCGGCGACAGCCCCGUCCGGUGUGUGGAGAACGCUUUUCCAUGGCCUCCCACGCCCUGUCUCACCAGCAUGUGCACACCAGUGGCCACCCCGACAACUGCCCGUACUGCGGACUCUCAAGGACACCUUACAAUUAAUACAAGCAUGAAACAAAAACAACAUAUACAGCAACAAUACACAAUUCGGAGAGAGAGCAGCGGCAGCCAAUCCCGCCAGCGUUCACUAUCACCUCCAGCAGCCAUGUUUUCCGAGCCAUCUGCAGCAGACCAAUAAAAAUAAAACAACAUUAAAGAAUUUAACAUAAAAACCCCCAACAUGUUCCCACUGUGAGGGACGGCAACAAAGUCCAGUCCUCUUCCUCUUGUUCAC